UACAAACGGAGCAGGAUCAGGAAGGAGAGUGGAAGAGAGCAGAGAAGGAGACAGAAGAAACACAGAGAGAAAGAGAGAGAGAGGAGCAGGAGCAAGUCGCAAUUCCCCAGGAAAAGGGAGGUGCAUCCUUCCAUCUCCUCAUUGGGGAUUUAAACUGGCUUUAGAUUGGCUUCAGUCUGACAGAGGAUUCCCCCCGCUUGUGGAGUACGGCUUUCUCCUCUAAUGUAACACCAGACUUUUUGGUGAAGCGAGAGAGGCGCACAGGAAGGAGGGAGAGGUACACUUGCUCCUACUUCCUUUGUGCCCAACCUGCUUGACAGAUGGCACUGGCAGAAUGAUCUUUGACUCUCACCCAGCGACCAGUCCUUGCUCCACUCACUGAGGCAUUAACUACGUGGAGACAGCGACACACUGACUGGCACAAGACGGACCUCACUCUCCGAUAGGGGCACAACCAGGGUCGACAGUGUCUUCCUCUGCUGCAGCAACUUCAAAAUGAGUACAAAGUGACAACAAACAACCUCCCAGCCUUUUCACAACAUCAGCAUCAAUAUUCAAGGGCUGACAGUUGGUGCCUUCCUCUUUAGCAUUAGCAACAGCAGCUAAGGUAACAGCUUUGGCAGCUUGGACAGUAGCAUAGCCAAAGUGUAAGCGAGUGUGUGUGUGUAACCUGGCCUGCCAGUCCCUGGGGAGGACCAGCAAAGGAGUUGUGUUACACUCCCUGACAGGCCUUAUACAUGUUUCAUCUGCUGCUCUCAGAACAGAAGCCCCCUUUGUUAUCUAAUCCAGCCCUCUCUUCCCCAGCCUGAGAGACUGAGUUUACUGCCACAAGACUGCUCUUCACAGUCUGUCAGCCAGCCACUGAACUGAUACAUAUCAACCAACAGCUGAGGAGCAGCAGAAGGACUUAAGAUAUCUGCUAUCAGGACUUACUAGCCAGUCUUUCAGUCCAUUGGCUGGCACAUGGAGAGGGUUUUAAAAUAAACAAAAAGAACAGAGGUCCACCAAAGAUUGUCAAGAAUCUAAAUUGUGCCUCAUCUCUUCAGCACUAAACCUCAACUUUUCUUCAGCUAAUAGCUCUUCAAGCUGCAGAACUACAGAAUUUGCAAUUCUUUUAACCAGGGAUCUAAAACAAAAGUGCUUUACGGGGUUGUAUUUGCAUUUUAGAAAGAUAGUCAGGACCAUGAGCGACACUCUUAGACCCCCUUCGCUCCAGGUGAGCGUUCCAAAUGACGUUCCUGCAUACUCCGACGGAGGGAGCAACAUCGUGUCAGAUGGCUCCAUGCGAUCCAGCUCCUCAACCCCGACACUCCGCCGCAAGCGCUUCAAGAUGCGUCGUAUGAGGAACGUGCCCAGCGAGAAGGAGAUCGAUAGGGGGCGGCUAGCUGUCGGUCACCUGACGACCCGAUCGCGCUCCAGCUCCAAGGAGUACCUUCAGCUGCCCUCCAUUGAGAUCACACCAUCCAGUGACGAAGACGCCCCAUCUUCCUGGUCGAGAUGCUCCACUCCCAGCGCCUCUCCGCAACGCAAGCGUUUCCUGUUGAGGAAGUGGCUGAAGGUCCGAGAGAAGAAAGAGCAAGGCAGUGAGAGCAGCAGCCAGCAGAGCAGUCAGCAAAGCAGCCAGCAGAGCAGCCAUGAAGAUGACAACACUCGCUUCUUGACUCCGUUCAUCCGAGAGGAGAGGUCUGACAGUGCAGCGGACAAAAUCAGCACUGCCAGUAACUCAAAUAAGAGCACACCUGCCUGCUCUCCAGUCCUGCGUAAACGGUCGCGCUCUCCCACACCACAGAGCCAGGAGGGUGAGAAUAUGGUCGAGAAGGGUUCAGACCACUCCUCUGACAAGUCUCCCUCUACGCCUGAGCAGGUUGUCCAGAGAACAUACUCCCUGCAGUCAGCAAGAAGCGGGGGAAAGAACUCAAAGUCUCACAAGCGACUUUCCAAAUAUGACAGACUAAACCUGAUUAAAAAGAGCCAAAGCUGGUACAACCAUGAAAGACAACACAUCCUGAGAGUGCUGAGCCCGACAUACAAGCAGCGCAAUGAGGACUUUAGGAAACUCUUCAAGCAGCUCCCAGACACAGAGAGACUCAUUGUGGACUACUCCUGUGCUCUUCAACGGGACAUCCUCCUGCAAGGACGACUCUACCUCUCUGAGAACUGGAUCUGUUUCUAUAGCAACAUCUUUCGUUGGGAAACACUGCUGACAGUGCGGCUAAAGGACAUCUGCUCGAUGACUAAAGAGAAGACUGCCCGCCUCAUUCCCAAUGCUAUCCAGGUCUGCACAGACACUGAGAAGCACUUUUUCACCUCAUUUGGAGCCAGGGACCGAACUUACAUGAUGAUGUUCAGACUGUGGCAGAAUGCGCUGCUGGACAAGCCCUUGUGCCCCAAAGAACUGUGGCACUUUGUUCAUCAGUGCUAUGGCAACGAGCUCGGCCUAACCAGUGAUGACGAGGACUACGUUCCCCCCGAUGAUGACUUCAACACGAUGGGGUUCAGUGAAGAGAUUCCCAAUGAAGAGAAUGAGAUCAACAAUGACAACUUGUCUAAGAGCAGUGCUGAGGCCAAGCCUGAGGGGAGUCCUCCUCUGUUACAUAAGAAGGUCGUCCCAAACAGCACCAUCCCCAGCCCAGGCAACCAUGACACACCCAUCACAUUCGAUCUCCAAGCAGAAGAGUAUGCAGACUUCCUAACAGAUGGCGAGCUGCUUCCUUUGCCACUGGUAGUGGAAGAGAAGAGCAAUGAUACCAGCGGGCCUGGUGGUCCUGUCCCCUCACCCUCUCUGGAUUUCAACGACAACGAAGACAUCCCCACUGAGCUCAGUGACUCCUCUGAAACGCACGACGAAGGUGAAGUACAGGCCUUCCAUGAAGAUCUGAAUGGCAGGCAACACAUCAAUGAGGUCUACAAGUUCAGUGUGGACAAGCUCUACGACAUCCUCUUCACAGAGUCGCAGUUCAUGAGUGACUUCAUGGAGCAGAGACGGAUCUCAGAUGUGGCGUACCAGCCGUGGAAGAAGGAGGAUGCUGGGAACCAGACCAGAGAGAUCAUGUACACCAUCUCGCUGUCCAACCCCCUGGCCCCCAAAACAUCCACAGCCAGUGAGACACAGACUCUGUACAAAGCCAGUCAGGAGAGUGAGUGCUACAUCAUCGACGCCGAGGUCAUCACGCACGACGUGCCCUACCACGAUUACUUUUACACUCUCAACCACUACAUUCUCACCAGGGUGGCCAAGAACAAGUGUCGGUUACGGGUAUCGACAGAGCUGCGCUACAGGAAACAGCCAUGGGGGCUGGUGAAAGGCUUCAUAGAGAGAAACUUCUGGAGCGGAAUAGAGGAGAACUUCCGCCAUCUAGACAUUGCGCUGUCCAAGCUGGAGGAGAUUCUAAAUGAGUCCCACCAGCUGUCUCCGAAGGCCAAGGUGGUGAAAAAUUCCACGGUGAGGCGGAAGAAGAGGCCACUCCCCCACAUGCGCAGCCAGCACCUGGACGAGGCGCUCAGCCCCGUGACCACGCCGACAGAUGAGGAAGUGAUUCAGAGGAUCAAACAAGUGGCAGGCUCCACACAAACCAGACACCAGAGUCCAGAACACCAUCACCUGCCCGGAGGCCUCGCUUUCUACAGCGUCUCCAAACUGCUGCUCAUCAUCAGCUUUGUCCUGGUCCUGCUGGUGUUCCUCAACAUGAUGCUCUUUUACAAGCUGUGGAUGCUGGAGUACUCUGCACAGUCCUUAACAACCUGGCAAGGUCUGCGGCUUCAUGAAAGUAAACUGCCUCAGACGCAGAUGGAGUGGGCCCAACUCCUGGAGGCGCAGCAGCGUUACCAUGACACCGAGCUGCAGAAGUGGAGGGAGAUUAUCAAGUCGUCGGUAGUGCUGCUAGACCAGAUGAAAGACUCUUUAUUGAACCUCCAGCGAGGUAUUGGUUUAAGGGACUACAGCUCGGAAGCUGAAGAGAAGAGAAGUCGCUACCACUGACACACCACCACAAGGCCAUGAGGGCAUGCUGUGCAAUAUAGGACCUGUUUUGUUCGUGAACCAGUAUGCAGGCAGCAGCGAGACGGACAGAGAGAGGACAGAGGAGGGAGGCGGGGGACCAACGAUGAGCUGGUCCAAUAGACACAAAGAGAGGAACAGUCGUGUCCAGCGCACAGAGGUUAAAACCCCCAGGAGGAGGAAAUCGUGGACAGAAUGUGCCCCUACCACACACAGGAACUGAGGUGUACCCAACAUCACUGAGGCAUUGUGGGAGAGUGCGAGACUUGCUUCUUCUCUGCACCUGUGGGAAAACCGUUUCCUUCUACUCUCUUAUUUCCAAGUGCAUCCUACUGUAAGCCAAGUCGACCAGACAGUGGCAGAGAGAAAGAAGGAAAAUUACUGCAUGCGUUUAGACAACCUAGCUCCCCUCAGUCAGUGUUAAUGUGGUCCAGUUCCAGUCUAUGUGUGUCAUAAAAAGAAGAACAGAAGACGAGGAGAGAUCGAGUCAAAGAAAGGGGGGUCCUUUCGAGUCUUAAUGGCUUUCUACACUCUCUAGACUGUUCCAAACCAAUAGUCCCCUAGAGGUCCUCGCUGCAGUGUCCCUUUGGUAAACCUCCAUGUGAUCUGAGUACAGUUAUCGUCCCACAACCAAAAAGGAAAAGAACCUGGCCUGUAUGGUCUCUGGCAGGGCUGGUUCCCUGUCAGACCGUUGAAAUGUUUAUUAAGGAAAAUCUUUAAAAUGAUCUAAGCCAGUACUUUUACACACAAUUCACAUCAUCUGUUGCCCCUGCCACAGUGUUAGCUACCUUACUUUGCAUUAUUUCUCAUCCUUGAAGUAAGAAUGUAUUAGCCUAAACAAAAAGGCCAGACUUUGAUCACAAUUUAUUAAUAUUUUUUAAAAAAGGGGAUGCUGCAGCCAUACCAAUAGGGAGACCUGUGUUCUUACAUGUUUUAUUACUAAACUGUGACUAUAUCUCUUUAAAAAUGUUUGAAAUUAGAAAGAAUUCUAUGAAUAUAUUUGAAAUAUAUAAGAAUAUUUCAUUAUUUAAUAUAUAUAUAUUUCAAAAUAUAUAAACAUUACCUAUAUUUAUUGUUAAUUUAUGUACAUAAAGAAAUUAUCAGAGCUCUAGACCAGUUAAAGAAUUUCUAACAAAAAGUGUUUUCUUCUAAAAAUGCAUGCCAGAUAUGUCUGUGACAUGUCCAGUGUGCAAGUAUGAUUCUGCAUUCGCGCGAUUAUAUUCGCGCACGUGUGUGUGAGUGCGUGUGUGAGUGCGUGUGCGCACAAGUGUGUGUGCUGUAAAGUGUGACAUUUUUACCAUUUCACACUUGUAUGUUUCUUAUGGGUUUUUUCUUUUCUGGCUCCUGCAGCCAGACUGCCUUUUUUUUUAUUCUAAUGCAUUUGGAUGCCGCCUUGCAUUAGCCCCACCAGGGAACAGUUUACAAUCGAAGAGUUUUGUUCCAAAAUGACAUAUCCAAAAUCUGAAAUCAAGUUACACCUACUUUAAAAAACUGAUAGAUUGCUUAAACUAUCGAUUGAUGUCACAGUCUAAGUAGCUGAAAUCCAUGGUUGACAAAAGGGAGACAGGCUCAAUCAUCUAAAUAUUUAAGAUUAAAUAAUGAACUUUUUUCUCUUGUAAAUGGAUAUACAACAUUUUGGAGAUGAACCCUUCAUCUGCCCUCUGUGAGCAACUCUUUAUACUUGUCACCACAUUAGUGGCUUGACGACUCUUUGCUAAAAGGAAUUGUUUGACAUUGUGAGAAAUGGAGAUAUUCGCUUUUGGCUAAAAGUUGGAUAAGCCACUAUAAAUAAGUGUAAUUAUUUAUAAUAACAUAUAAAUGAUAAUAUACUUAAUAAGCGUAUUUCCCAAAAUGUCAAACUAUUUCUUUAAAAAAAAAAGCUAUAUUAUACUCUCCCCUCCCCCAUUUCAAGUGACUGUCUUGGAUGCAAUGAAAGCAUGAGAAUUAACUUUACGCAACUAAAUUGAACCAAAAGAAAGAAGUAGAAAUGUACCUUCACAAAUGAUCAUGUUGUUUUAAAUGAAGUAUUUAUCAUGUAUGUCAUGUAUUAUAUAUAUACUGGAUUAGGUGCAGCAAAGAGCAUCUCUUAAGAGUUUGUCAACAGAGACCCCUGACACCUGACAGACUUAAGUAAUGAAAGCACUUCCAAAAAUCAGAAAAAACGUCUUUGUGUUAAAAAAAGAGAAAGUGAAGCACUUUAAGGCCUUUUCGGGUAAAGAAUGAAAGCAAGAAAUGGCAGCAGUUUUGUUUGGAGGUGAAUGCAGGGCUGAGGAAACUGUUUCUGUGCUGUAUUUUAGUUCAUUUGACAAUCACACUGGUGAUUUACAACUUUCAAACUCAGCAGAAAUUGUUGGAUUUUUAAUCCUGCUGGUUUGUUAAUGCUCAAAAAUAGUUAUUCUGCCCAAAUAGAAUAUCUGUGCGUUGUUCUAUUUGACAUGAUAACAUGCGGAUCUCUUUCAGUGUCUCAUCCCAAAGCCCAAUGAAAGACUGACACUUUCUUGUCUAUUUCAAGGCGAGGCAAGAAUGAUUUGUAUGAGGGAAACGGUAUCUCGUCUGUGUGCCUGCAUGGCGUGUUACUGACUGACAGCAGAAAAGCUUCAGGAUUGGACCCCUGUUGUGUGUGUGCGUAUAGUACAUUUGAAGAAGGCACUGAGUAAGGAUAACAGGGAAACCUUAAGACCUGAAUGUGAGUGGUUGGAAAUGUUUUCUGUUUUAUAGAAAUCACUUUCACAAUCCUGACAACAUGAAAGAUUAUAAUGAAGUUAUUCUUCAUGUAUAUGAUGGUACAGAAAUGUCAUAUAUAUGAAAAUGUGAUUGAAAUGCUUUAAAGUGUUUGUUUUUAAAAGUGUAUGAUGAAAUGGAUUUCUUUUUCUUUUUCCUUUUCAGAUGCUUGAAUUGUAUUUUUUUGUUUGUUUAAAACGUACAUUCUCAUUCUGAUCUGAACGAGACGUGAUAAAUGCUUGAUUAAGUCCCAACUCUGGUUUUAUUCACACCUGAUUUUAAAUGUUGGGACACUGAAACUUUAUUUCACUGUCCAGGCUGAGUGAAAUCCUUCACAGGGACAAGAAACACAUCCUCCCCAGUCCAAAUUAAAUAUUCACACAGGCCCCAGAGGAACUGUCACAGCAGACCUGAAUUCAAUCUCAUCAAUCUCUACAUUUAUGCAAAUUGUACCUUCAUCAUUCCCUUCAGAACUCCUGUGUUUCUCAUUGGUACCAAGAAAUUUGACUUAAAUAAAUCUAAGCUUCAAUCUCUCACUCAUAA